AUGGCGGAAGCUAAUGUCACCUAUGUCACCGAAUUCAUUCUCAAAGGGAUUACCGACCGGCCGGAGCUCCAGGUGCCCUGUUUCGUGGUGUUUCUCGUGAUCUAUCUGGUGACAGUGGUGGGAAACGUUGGGUUGAUCACUUUGAUCAGAAUCGAUGCUCGACUCCAUACCCCGAUGUACUUCUUCCUCAGCCAUUUGGCCUUUGUGGAUCUCUGUUACUCCUCGGCCAUCACACCCAAGAUGAUGGUGAACUUCGUGGUGGUGCACAACAUCAUUCCUUUCCAUGCAUGUGCCACGCAGCUGGGCUGCUUCCUCACCUUCAUGAUCACAGAGUGUUUCCUAUUGGCCUCUAUGGCCUACGAUCGCUACGUCGCCAUCUGCAGCCCCCUGCACUAUUCCACGCUGAUGUCCAAAAGAGUCUGCCUUCUGCUGGUGGGAAUUCCCUACACCUACAGCUUCCUGGUGGCCCUCUUCCACACCAUCGUCACCUUCCGUCUGACUUACUGCGGGCCCAACGUGAUCAACCACUUCUACUGCGAUGACCUUCCCCUCUUAGCUCUCUCCUGCUCCGACACGCGCGUCAAGGAAAUUCUGAUCUUUGCCUUCGCGGGUUUUGAUAUGAUCUGUUCCUCCUCCAUCGUCCUCAUCUCCUACCUCUUCAUCAUCGCAGCCAUCCUGAGAAUGCGCUCCACCCAGGGCCGGCGCAAGGCUGUCUCCACCUGCGGCUCGCACAUCGUAGCUGUCACCAUUUUCUAUGGCACGCUCAUCUUCAUGUACCUGCAGCCCAAAUCCAAUCACUCCCUGGACACGGAUAAGAUGGCCUCUGUGUUUUACACGGUGGUGAUCCCCAUGCUCAACCCGCUGAUCUACAGCCUCCGGAACAAAGAGGUGAAAAAUGCCUCCAAGAAAGCCUUGGAGAAAGGGUGUGAAACCUUAAAACUAUUCAAGUAA